CAAAACGCUGGCCAUUCAGAACACAUCCGAAGAUAGUAACAUCUACUGACUUAUCGAGGCCCAGGUAGUCUUUUCAGUCAAGAUGUCUGACCUAGAGAUGGGCGACGGCCUAUCAGACUCGAGUUCUUACAACAAUGCGCACCGCGCCUUCCUACAAGCGUUCCUCGCAAGAUCCGUUAUGACCACAGAUGAGAUCAAGCCGCUGCUUGCUGCGAUCAUGAGUGCACAUGAGCCCGACCGACCUCUGUUAGUAGGCGACAUAACCCCACCGGACAUCACCAACUUCAUCCAGCAAGUAAACAUCCGCAUCUCACCAUUGGACUACGAGAUCCGCUCCUCGCGCUCCCAAACCUCCCGCGUCCUCUUCUACAGUCUCGUCAACACGACUUCCGACUCCCUCACCCACCUCGCCACCACCUUCUCCCACGAAGAAAUCGCAUACAUAAAACGGCUCCUCGACUGUAUGUUCGAGACGAACAACACGCGGAGCAGGGAGAUCAUGGCGGUGUCGAGCAUGGAGGCAAGCCGCUUGACGAAGGCGCCGAGGGAGAACCGACAGAGCCUCGCGGCGGCGAAUGGCGAUGGGGAAGACGGUGCGCAGAGCCAGGCAGCGGCGGCGGUUAAGGGGAUAAGCAUAAGUGAGAGUGACAAGGUUCUUGCGCAGCUUGUGGAACAGCACUUCUUUAACAAGUCGAGUCGGGGGUAUUAUUCGCUCGCCCCGAGGGCGCUCAUGGAGUUGAGGGUGUAUCUCAAGGAGACGUAUAACGAGGCGGGGGAUCCGGAGUAUGAGGACUCGGAGCCGAUUGUGCGGAUUAAGGACUGUGAGGGGUGUAGGGAGAUUGUCACGGUGGGUGUGAGGUGUUCGGAUAAGGAGUGUAGGGUUAGGUUUCAUGAGCAGUGUGCGGUGCUGUAUUUCAGGAAUCAGAGGGGAGAUACGCAGAGAUGUCCGACUUGCAAGACGGAAUGGGGUGGGAACUUGUUUGUGGGUGAGAGGGCGGUAUACCAGGGGGAAAGGAGGGCAAACGGGACGGGUGCUGGGAGGCAUUCCUCAAGUCGAGUUCAGGUGGAUGAUGAGGAUGAGGAUGAAUAGAG